GAAUGAACCCAAAAUGAGUCCUUGUUGCUCGUGAAUAAGAAUCCUUAACCAUUAUUAUAUAACUUAUCAUAACUAACUAUAUCAUAUGUUAAGUCCGCCACAAUAGCCUCAGCCUCAGCCUCAACCUCAACCUCAACUUCGACUCCAGGCAUUGAAACUGGUUGUUCAGGUAUUAGAUCAAUAAAGGGUCAAUGCAAACGAAAGUGGACCACAUCAAUUAUGAAGACAUAGUUAUGCAUUUAUACAGAGUCCUCAGAACCUUUUCAGCCGUGUAUUAUUAACUCAACCCGGUAUCAGCCCUGAGCUUGCAGACGUCCGGCUUUGUUUUUCAUCGCAGCCAGGCACCAGGGUUUGAGAGGCGUGUUUCCAACCCCAGAAUCCUUCUGCCUCUCUCGCCUUGGCUAUCGAUACGCAGAAGGGAAACUAAUAAAAACCGCACCCGUUCCCUUGACUUCAGAGGAAGAAAAUAACCGAAUGAAUGGAUAAAUAUCCCAUUACUUAGGGUUGCUGAUGUUCACGCGCUUCAUUUUCUCAUGCCCCUCUGUCCUUUGCGCUCUCGCAUAAUAUCCCGGCCUGGAAACUCGUCAUUUUCCAUCUUGUUAUAUUGUAGCAGGAUCGCGAAGGAGUUUGUACAGUACAUUAGGAAUAUCUUAAAUUAUGCCGGAAGGUCCGUACUGCCUUCUAUGUGGAGGUUUUAUUCAUUACCGAUCCCCGACAGCACAAUGGCAGACUGAGUUUCGUGCCGUUCGCAUUCCCGGCGGCGGCGAAGAAAGGACGCCAUUUUUGACUGGCGUGGGUGGAGAGAUCGCCUACACCAUUCCGUUCUCAGCUCCUUCAGAUCGAGAUCAACGCUAUAAUGAUAGAGAAUACAUGUUCUCUCCCCUGGAUGCGUUCACACCUUUCCAUUCCCCAACUUACCGUCCCGAUAUUGGAUACGUAUUUCAUGACCAAUGUUGGAACCUACUUAAUGCUCUUAACUACCCGGACCCUGUCCCGGUUCACCGCCUCUACGACAUCUUUCGGUCACUCCCCUUACGGUCUCUACAUUGGGUGCAAUGGGGUCAUACCUAUGGCGGCCUAGUGAAGACAUAUCCGAUCUAUUACCCGUGGGAGGAGGCUCGCCUCGCUGGCAUGAUCACGGGCUCUGUGACUAGACCGAAGCUGUCUCCGUACUACUACUGCAAACAGGAUCCUUGGGAUAUCCCAGAGUUACGACAGAUCUUGGCUGAAACUAAAGAGAGCCCUGCCCAGGAAUUCAACAAUGAUGAUCUGAGGAUAUCUUGUAGACCGCAACGGCAUGCGGAUUGUUUCUCGGAGUUGCCAGUGGAACUACGUGAGCAGAUUCUGACGCAGCUGCUCGUCAAAGAUGUUGCUAGCCUCAGGCUAGCUUCAAGGUCCUUCGCCUGCCUACCACUCUCGCAGUACUUUUGGUUUUCCCGGUUUCUGCCGGGCAUGGACAGAGAUUUUAUCUUCGAGGCUACAAGACCGGACAGUGAAUCUGCCGUGAACGCUAGAUGCCGUGACUGGCGAACGUUAUAUGAGAAAACAGGCCAGAUCUUGCUCGAAGGGGGAGCUUUGGCGAAUCGGGUAAGAAUUUGGAACUGCAAUAGAUCACUUGCAAGAUUGUUAAAAAUUCAGCCGUUAGAUAAAAUGCGUUUGGAGAAAGCAGACCAAUACAAUAAUAUCGUGUGGAAAGUUGCCGGGGCACGCUAUAACCAUAUGUCAUAUGAUUUGCUUUACGUACAGGCUGCUCGUUUACCACGCGAAAUAUCUCAGAUCGCAGUGUCAUUCAUAACACUCAAUGGUAAGCAGCAUGUCUCAGGAAUUCGACUAUGUUCCCGCAAGGAGCCAGGUGUGGAUAUGGGCUACAUCAUCCCGGCGAGCGAAAUUGUCCUGGACCUAGAAAACGAAGAGGGUGCUUCAGCAACGCUAUCAGGAUUUAUAACUUCUAUUAGUCCCGAUGGGAUACGUGCGCUGCAAGCUACCACUCUUGAAGGAAGGUUAUCGAACUGGGCUGGGUGUCCGGACGCUACGCCGGUGACGCUGCGACUUUGUACCAACGACCGUAUAUCCCAUCUGAAGUGUGCAUUUGAUGGGUUUAAACUCGUCGAGCUCUUCGUGCCAGACACAGAAGUCGGCUCGCAUGAACGGCCACCACAAGUCCCCCUGCGGACAAAUGCGAUCUGGUACCCUAACGUCCCACCCGAAGAUGUUUACCUGCAUGAAUCUACUUUUCCAGGCAAAGAAGUGCCGCAGUCCGAGUACCAUCCACUCAUCCACGUAAUGUUCGGUGGUCCUGAGGGCUCAUAUCUAAAAUACCUGACACGGAUAUCCGUUACGGUUUCAAGACAGGAGAUUGUGGGGAUAGAUUUUGAGUAUGGGGCAGAGGGUGCGCCGGUCGAGCGGCUACGGGCAGGUCGUAACCCCAAGGGUGCAGAUGACUCGUUGAAGAUAUCUUUCACUAUCGAUGGGCCGGGUGGAGAACUUCUUACUGGUAUACAAGCAAACGGGGACUUUGGGAAGAAUAUCACUUCAAUAAAGGUCAUAACAAAUCACAACAGACAAUUCACCUUCCAGCCAAAUGCAAUUCCCCAAUUGAAGUUCCCACCAGGGCCACAGGUCCGCAAAAGGAUGGGAAAAAUUGAAAUAACCCCAGGAACGACUAUAAUAGGGAUAUACGUUAUGCACCAUCAUGUAUUCAGCAUGAUAGCACUCGGGCCUAUAUCGAAAAGAUUACCAGGGUAUUGCGACAACGAUCGUCUGGCGAAAGACGAAUGCGAAAUCAAAUCAUCAUCAUCACGAAGAUCCAGCAGCUGGGCAGGCUAACAAGAGCUCUCUACUACUGUAUAAUUGGCGCAGCCCAAACAGGCGUCUGGAAAUUCUACAGAUUUUUCACGGCAAUUCGAGGCAUUUUUCCAGAUAUCCUUUUUCGUUUUGCUGGCUAUCUAUUUCCAAGUCACACUAGGUGCUUUUUUCCUUAUGUGAGGAGCUGCAUCAUUCGCUGGCUUGUAGAACUCUUUGAAGAUACAUCAUCGCGUCACGCUAUAUGUAGAAAGAGGACGGCAAAUAUUCUACGAGCGAGCCAAAGAAAAAGAAAAGAAAAGGACAGAACCGGCUCCCUGAAACAAAAGUCUCAAAAGCCUUAAGAAUAGAGACACGAUUCGUCCCGAAAACAAAAACACUCCCAGCACAAGAAAAAUGCAAAUGCAACUGCAACGCAACCCCUCCCCGACACCCCAGCCAGCCAACUCGACACUAAGCUAGACACACUCCAACGCCUCAUGGACAGGUGGCUUCUCAAUCAAAAUCCGCAUUCCGGGCCGAACCCCCCCGCCCCGCUCGACAACCCCCAAAACCCCAGCCUUGCGCCCGACAAUAUUCCCCUCCGCAUCCCGCACGACAAAUUUCUCCUUCAGCCCUUUCCGGAACCGGUCGAUUUGCGCACACGGGUUCCGCAGCCCCGUCACCGUCACCGUCACCGUCACCGUCGCCGCGGCCGCCGCAUUCGUUACCAUCGACAUGGACGUUGACAUCGCCGACGAACCGCAACUUCGUCCCCCUCCCUAGCGCCAACAGAUCAAUACCCUUAGUCGUAAUAUUCUCCCCCAUAUCGCCCGGUAGGAGCGGACCAUUAGCACCAGCACCAGCGUCCUCCUCCCCGCACCGCCUACCGGCGCCAGGAUCUCUGCGUGGAGCAGGUGCACCUGGCGGAGAUUUGGCGGCGGGGGUCUAAUGUGUAGGCGCGAGCGGUGCUGGACGGUGGCGCGGCGUGGGCGUCACCUUGCAUGCCCAGGUUGGGGAGGAGGGUUAUGCUUGGGACGCUGGGUUUGGAGAAGGAGUGGGAGGCGGAGGCGUGGACGCUUAGGACGGACAUGGUUUGGUGGUUUGGUGGUUCGAUUUGAUUUGAUAUAGAUAUAGAGAUGGAUCGAUAGGGAAAGUAACUAUGAUGAGUUCUUUUUGUGUCGACGACGCCAAUGUAGGCUUGUAAGGGACAUGGUUGCCUAACAAGUCGUAUCCAGCGGUACAUUUCCGGGGUGAGUUGGCAUAUGCUGGAUGACAAUUAUUUUCGAUUAGUGGUAGGGUAGGGGUGAGUGACAGCCAGGAGGGAGACUUUUACAUCUCUCUCAACUGAAGUUUAGUUAUAUUCUGUGUACAAUAAUUUAUUUUAUUGCAUUGUGGAAAGUAUUAAAUAUCAGUAAUAGCAUGAAUCAAACAAAGAUUCUUAAAUUCUAAUGGAGUCUUCC